AUGCCACGAGGAGUCGAAUACAGCGACGAAAAGCGCGCCGCCGCGUUAAUAAUGUACCUCAUCUUCAAAGCCUCCCACAGCGACGUCGAAGCAAAGACCGGCGUGUCCAAAAGCGCAAUACGCCAGCUCUCGUCUCGCGCACACAAAGCCGGUGUGGACAAAACGAGCAUAGAAGAGUUGAUUGUCUUUGCACGCACGAAACCUAGGAAGGGGAGGCCGCGGAGAGAUGCUACGAAAACAGACAAGAGUGUACCGGUAGAGACGAGGCAGGAGGGACGGACGACGAAGGUGCUUGAUCACGACACAGUAGCGACCAGCGCAGAAUCUUGCGAGCCAUCAAUACGUGCGACUGCUGGGACAGGUUCGAGGAUGGCUGAUGGCGAGGACUUGUUUGAGAUGAUCAAAAGUUGGGAACAACGCAAGGCACAGGCCUUUGACGCGGCUCAUGCUGUGUGA